AUGGUUGACCCUAAGAAAAAGAAUGCCUCAGAUUUGAAUCACCAGGUGUGGGUCCUUCAGAGUCAGAACAUUGUGGCAGUUCCAUGGAGUGACAAUGUGGUUCCAGUCACUGUCACUCUUAUCCCAUGCAAGUAUCCAGAGUCUUUUGAGAAAGACAGAGGGUCUUAUUUGGGAAUAAAGAAUCCAGAGAUGUGUCUGUCUUGUGAGGAUGUUGGAGGGCAGCCCACACUGAAACUGAAGGUGGAGAAGAUACUGGAUCUGUACAACCAAACUGCACCUGUGAACCACAACAAGAAAGGCAAGACCUCCACCUUUGUGUCUGCGGCCGUCCCUGGCUGGUUCAUCGCCUCUUCAGAAAUAGGCCAGCCCAUCUUCCUCACUUCGGAACUAGGGAAAACAUACAACACUGAGUUUGAUUUAGCUACAGAGGCUUGA